UGAGACUCCCCACGAUAGAGAGAGAGAGCUGAGAGGAGAACGGGAAUGGAAGGGGAGAAAGGGAAGAAGGUUGAGGUGGCGGAGGUGGUGGAAGAGAAGAGAUCGAGGUUUAGAAAGAUCUGCGUCUUCUGCGGGAACCAACCAGGGCGGAAGGCCAUUUACCAGGAGGCCGCCAUCGAGCUCGGAAGGCAGCUGGUGGAGAGUGGCAUUGAUUUGGUGUAUGGGGGAGGCAACAUAGGAUUAAUGGGCAUCGUUUGCCAAGCAGUGCAUGAAGGAGGCCGCCAUGUCUUGGGGGUCAUUAGCAAGUCCUCCAUGGCAGGAGAGUACAUAACCAGUCAAACUGUCGGAGAAGUUCAAAUUGUUUCCGACAUGCAUGAAAGGAAAGCUGAGACAGUUCGCCGAGCUGAUGCCUUCAUUGCAUUGCCUGGUGGGUAUGGAACGCUUGAAGAACUUCUUGAGGUCGUUACAUGGGCUCAGCUGGGAAUCCACAAGAAACCGGUUGGGCUCUUAAACAUCGAUGGUUUUUACGAUUCACUCUUGUUCUUCGUCGAUAUGGCUGUCGACGAAGGGUUCAUCACUCGAGCUGCUCGCAACAUCAUCAUAUCUGCACCAUCAGCCAAGGAACUCAUCAGAAAGUUUGAGACAGCAAUGGGCCAGGCAUUUUGUUGCAUUCAAGUGGACCAGUCAACUGUGGCCAUGAGAGAAACUUUUGGGAAGUUUGAUCAUGUGCUUGAGCCCGGAUGCCACUUCCUGCCAUGGUGUUUGGGGAAACAGAUUGCUGGUUAUCUUUCACUCCGUGUGCAACAACUUGAUGUUCGUUGCGAAACAAAGACAAAGGAUAAUGUAUUUGUUACGGUUGUUGCUUCUAUCCAAUACAAUGCUAUUGCUGACCAGGCAUCUGAUGCAUUCUACAGGCUCAGCAACACAAAGGAGCAAAUCCAAUCCUAUGUUUUUGAUGUCAUCAGGGCUAGUGUUCCAAAGCUGAAUUUGGAUGAUGUGUUUGAGCAGAAGAAUGAUAUCGCUAGAGCUGUUGAAGAUGAGCUUGGAAAGGCAAUGUCAUCAUAUGGUUACAAAAUUGUUCAAACACUAAUCGUGGAUAUCGAGCCUGAUAAUCACGUGAAGAAAGCAAUGAAUGAGAUCAACGCAGCUUCUAGAAUGAGAGUUGCAGCAAAUGAAAAAGCUGAAGCGGAGAAGAUACUGCAGAUUAAGCGGGCUGAAGGAGAAGCAGAAUCUAAGUACUUGUCUGGCUUGGGUAUAGCACGGCAACGCCAGGCCAUUGUGGAUGGCCUGAGGGACAGCGUGCUUGCCUUCUCUGUCAACGUGCCAGGAACCACAGCUAAGGAUGUCAUGGACAUGGUUCUGGUGACACAGUAUUUCGACACAAUGAAGGAGAUCGGGGCCUCCUCGAAAUCCUCUUCUGUGUUCAUUCCCCAUGGCCCUGGGGCUGUGAGGGACAUUGCUUCCCAAGUUAGAGAUGGCCUUCUCCAAGGUAGCGCCAUCCAUUGAACAGAAGAAAUAAGGGAUGGCAUUGGAGUCAGCAGUUUAGAUUGGUAUUGUUUGUAUUAUCAGUUGUCUUCUAAAGUAGCAUCUUAUUCGGUAUAGAUGGAGUCGAAGGUAUAAUACGCAGGUAUUAGUAAUCAGAUAUGGUGUCAGAAAAGAUGAAUUGCUGGAAAGAACAAUAUUUGGUUGUGUAGGUGCUCUUAGUGUAUAUGGCUAAGUAGUGUUUUGUGAACCUAUGCUACCAAGAAAUUUGCAGCUAUGGCUACUGAAUAUAAAUGCUCUACUUGUAGGGAUUUUGUUUCUCUAA